AUGUCUUUCGCCCAUGGUGAGGUACUGAAAGUUUUUGUGUGCGGAAUAGUCCUCUGGAGCUUUUGCGUGGAUGCCGCUAUCCUCCAAAAGCCUGUUGUCUAUGAGCAGCACGCUGCCUCUGAUUUGCUAAGUAGAGGUAGUUACAUUGGCGAGCAAAAUCCCGAGUACGAAUAUGAAGAGCCUGUAAAUAAAACAAACCACUCUCACGCUGACGGCGAACAUGAAGACGAUUCCGAAAUAGAUCAAGGCGACAGCGAAAUCAGCGAAGAACGAAGUGAGGAUCGUGGCGUAUUUCUUGGCGAUAAUCGAGGUGGCCUCAAGCAAGUCAGGCCGGACCAGCGGCGAAUAGCUCCUGUUGUUGUUAUUGAAAGCGCUUUUAACAACAGGAAGUCAUUUGCUUGUCCAAAGAUCAAGAGCGACUUAAAAACCGGAACAUCUAUAGGUGAUCUCAGCCCCGAAGACAUCACAAUUAUUGCUUCCAUGGGGGACGCUUUGGCGACUGGAAUGGGUUUGUGGCCAAAAACAAACAUAGAGUUCCGAGGAGCCGCUUUUCCUAUUGGUGGAGACGCCACCAUCGAUGGACUUAUCACAAUUCCAAACAUCCUUCGCGAGUUCAAUAAUCACUUGAUUGGUGUUUCUCAUGGCAUGGGAACGAGGGAUCAACUUCCUGAAACACAGCUAAGUGUUGCUGAAAGUGGUGCCACAACAGAUAAGAUGCCAGAGCAGGCACGAGAACUUGUCAGACGACUGAGAAAUCUGGUUCAAGUGAAUUACAGAGAUCACUGGACCAUGGUUAUCGUAACAAUCGGCACUGAAGAGGUGUGCUCCAGAUGCACUUCACCUAACGUCACAGCGCUGACGGAGGCCAUCGACAUCCUUCAAAAAAAUCUUCCUCGUGGUUUUAUUGUGCUGUUGGGACCAAUCCAUGUAUCGUUCCCCCACGAGCUCAAAGGAAACCUGCUGAAAUCUCGCUGUGAAUGUUCAAGAGAAGCAUCGAAUACGUUGAUGGAAAGGCUUAGUGCUGACUGGAAAAAGGCAUUCGAGGAUCUCCAAGAGCACGUGGAUAAAAACCCAUUCAGGGCUUCCACAUUUGGUAUUCUUGCAAUUCCUGAGCUUACAAUAACCUCUCGAUAUCCUUACGGUUUAUUUAUUCCCAAUAAGCCACUGCUCAACAGGAGAGGACACAAUUAUGCAACGAAAUGGCUUUGGAACCGCUUGAUUGCUGGCGAAAACUACAACCUUUCAGCAGCAGUACUGUCGCAAGACGCUUACUUCUGCCCUUCCAUUGGGUGCCCUUAUUUUCGCAAUACGGCAAACAUUCAUGGCUGCCAAUUGCUAAGCCUCAGUGAGGCAAAGGAAAAGGAACUCCACUUGGGUGUCGAUGGCAAAGUUUUGAAAACGAAAAGGCGAACACCAGAGCGCUUGUAUACCAUCGCAGUUUGUAUAGUGGGUAUAGCGUUCUUUGUCGUUUGUACGCUGGGAACAGUGUUUUAUCAGAAGAGCAAACAGGGUGAGCAUGGCCGGUUCGAAAUCGUCGACGAGGUGCAGAAAAAGUUCGAGGAGGCUCAAAAGGAAGAAGAAAAAGCGCUCUUGACAAAACAGGUCACAAGAGGGAUGUCUAUGAAUGAAGGCCUCCAGAGGAGCACGCGAAGACUUACAGGAGAGGAAGCGUAG